UGUUUUUGGCGAAUGCACCAGUUUACAGGUUUAUUAUUUUCAUUGAUUGGUAAGCAAUUGCAUAAUUUAAUUACAUAUACAUAUAGACUUAAUGUACUAAUAAGACUAGGUAUAGUAAGUGUAAUAGGCCUAAAUACAUUAAAACAAUUUAAAAUGUCAAGUUGGUUGCGUACACGUAGAUGGAUGUGUAUGAGACGAUUGUCGUAAAGAAUAAUAUGCAACAAUGGUAAUUUUUGAGGUUAGAACGAAAAACGUGUUCGCGUUACAUUUCUUACGAUCGAAGUAGCUUAUAAAAGUUUUGUGUUGGUGUAAUAUUGACUAAAAACGUAAGAUGGCCAGUUUUGAAAAUAAGCAACGUCUAAAAAUACUAAUGGAUCAAAUUCUUUCGGAGGAAGAAAGUGAGCCAUAUGAAGGUUCUUCCGAUGAUAACGAAUCUAGUGAAGAUACCAGUUUAUCAUCUUAUAGUAAAGAAUCUCCUAUUAUUAAAAGAAGAAAAAAAACUUGUUCACCAGUUGGUAGUGCAAUCAAAUCUGAAAAUAGUCCAUCUACUUCCACCGGCCAUUUUACUUAUAAUUCGUCAGACGCAAAAGACUUGUUAAAAACAACUAAUUUGAAAUGUCAUAAAAAUCAAAUUGAAGAAGUACACAAUCGACAAGAACUUUUAUUUGAUACAACAAAUGAAUCUUUCAUACAAGAAAUGAAAAUCGAAAAUGUGAUUAAAAAUUUUUGGUUGGACAGUAGCUCAUCCGAAGACAAUGAUGAUCAUUUACCUCUGAUCUGGAGACCUGUGUCUGGUGAAAACUUAAAAGAUAUAAAAUAUCACGUUAACAACGCUGGAAUACCAACUCACCUUUUUGACAACAUGACUGAAAAGAAACCUGUUGAUUUUUAUUUACUUUUUUUAACCGAAAAUAUAAUAGAUACGAUGGUAGAGGAAACGAACAGAUAUGCCAGUCAGAAAAAAGAGUCGGGUACCAGGUUACCUAAAUCCAGGCUCAACAAAUGGAAGGAAACUGACGCCGAAGAAAUGAAAAUAUUUAUCGGCCUUCAGCUCUGGAUGGGACUCUGUCAUCUACCACAUCUGUCCGAUUAUUGGUCUAGAAAAAAAAUAUAUUCUAAUCAUGUGGUGGAUAUAAUGUCUCGAAAUCGAUUUGAAGUUCUUUUGGCUAACUGGCAUUUCUGUGAUAAUAGUACGAGUGACCAAGCGAAUCACCUUUUUAAAAUAAACUCACUUACUGAUCGUCUUAGUGAGAACUUUAGACAGUAUUAUAAUCCGAAAGAAAAUACUUGUAUAAAUGAGACAUUGGUGUCGUUUUGUGGACGAGAGUACGUCAAAAAUAAAAAACAUAAAUUUGGAGUAAAACUUUACAAACUAUGUGCGGAAGGCUAUACCUAUGAUUUUAAGAUCUAUUGCGGCUCAGAAAGAAACUCAAACGAAAGUGUUGCAACGCAGAUCGUAAUGAGUCUAUGCAGCCCACUUCUUGAUAGUGGAAGGACGAUUUAUGUAGAUGAUUACUUCACGAGUGUUGAAUUGGCUCACAAGCUUCUUCAACGAAAUACACAUCUGGUAGGUAUAUUGAAAAAGAACAGAAGAAACAAUCCAAAGGAAGUCAUCAACAAAAAAUUAGAACGGGGAGAGAUUUUCAGCCGAGAAAGCAACACAGGAGUGAUUGUGAGCAAGUGGCAAGAAAAACAAGAAAUCUUGACUCUAUCAACAAAACACCUUGGAAAUUUAAUAAAAGUUAGUUCUGGCCGUAAUCCCGAAGCUGAAAAACCAGACGUUAUUGUCGAUUAUAAUAAAUGCAAAUCAUUUAUUGAUUUGUGUGAUGAAGUCAAAGCUUAUUCAACAUCUCUACGUCGGGGUAUCAAAUGGUACCGAAAAUUAGCAGUGGAACUGCUUUUAGGAUCAGCUGUAGUGAACGCGUAUUUACUAUAUAAAUCAGUAACGAGCAAAAAAAUAUCAAUUACUUGCUUUCGAGAAGAAUUAGUAGAGAGUCUCUUGAAAUUAAACGAGAAAGAGGAUGAAAAUAAACAUCAAACAAAGAAGCCAGAAAGGCACUUCCUUGAAGAUGUAGGUACUAAUAAUAGGGGCAGAUGUGUAUUAUGUUAGGGCCAACUUGUGAUAGAAAUGGGACGAAAAUUGGCCUCAUCAAAAGCUCCACGAUCAAGGUACAGAUGUCGUCAAUGCGAAAAACAUUACUGUGUUUUAUGUUUUACCAAUUUUCAUGAAUGUACAACGUCAUUUUAAGAUUAAAAUGAAAUAUUAGAAUUAACGACGUAUUUUUAGUUCAUAUUUUCUUAAGUAUAUUUUGCCUAUUUUAAAAUAAAAAAAUUGUUUUAUAAAAUGUUGUUAUUUACAAUACCCACAAAUAGACUAAACAAUUCUAGGUCUGUAAAAUACUUAUAUAAAAUAUAAUCAACAUGCUCACUGGCCGUGUCUUUCACUCCCACGUAAAAUUAUAUGUAGUUGCCAUGACGCAGGAACGGUACACAGUUUAAAUCGGUAUUUUGAGGUGUAACACGUAUAUGGGUCACGCGGCCCGUUGAACUCUCCGUGACGCAUCCGUACGUCAUACGGCGGUUAACGAAUUCAAUAUUAGUCGAGCAAAAUAAGGUGAAAGCUGAAAAACCGUCCAGACAACAUUAAAUUUUCUUUGAAACAUCAUAAUUCGUUUGCUAUACGUUCAUUACUUCUUUACAUAUAUUAUUGGUGGUGCAUUUAAUAAUUAUUACCUGAAUACGUAAACAUUUAACUUGAUAUAUCGAAUAAAUACAUUGAGUACAAUUGAGAAGAUGCUGGAAAUGGUUGUCUUAAAUUUCUUGACACAAGAACAGUCAGUGCAAAAUUUUACGCCGAACAUUUUCAAAUACACUAACAUUGAGAUAUUUACAAAUAUUCCGUCGUUAUUUUCCGUCGUAAAUCCAAUACUGGAGCAGGUUCAGUUUCGUACACUUUUUGCUUCAAAUAGCCCCAUAAAAAAAGUCUAGAGAUGUCAAAUCUGGCGAGUGAGCUGGCCAUUCCACAGGUCCUCGACGGUCAAUCCAACGACCGGGGAAAUUUUUAUCUAAAUAGUUCCGAACUUGUCGGAAGGAGGGUGGUGGAGCUCCAUCUUGCUGGAAUACAAUAUCCAUAUCGAAUUCAUUAGAAUUCGUUUCGACAGUCUCGGUGAUUAGAGGAUUAAUAGUAUUUUCCGAUAUCUAAAUGUAGUUCACCUGUUAAAUUUUCUUCGAUGAAUAAAGGCCCCACAAUAUGUAAUAGGUAAAGAUAUUGAAUUUAUAUUCUAGGGUUAUAAAGUACUCGUUAGGAGCUUGAAAUGAUGUGUCACAAGACCGCCCUCUCUAUUUAAUUUUUUUUCCAAGAUGACGCCCAGCAGUUAUCUUGAAAUUUUCAUCUGUCAAUUUUGCUUUAGAACAGUAUUCAUUCAUCAAUUACAUUAUCUCAAAUUUCAAUAUUUUGAAUUGAUACGUUCAAAAAAUAAAGAGCACAGUAUAUCUCUUUCCUCAAAAACUUUCUGAGCUAGAGACAUCUAUGUUAAUAAAACUUUAAAUUUACAUUUUUGAAACGCAUUACAACAUUUCCAUUUUUAUUCACUAGCAAACAUUAGUAAUAACUUAAAAGCCAAUUAUUAUCCCAAAUAUUCUAAUGUUAAUAGAUAUGAGUUCCUGAGGAGAGGUUUGAAAGUAAAACGUUCUUAUACUUCUCCUUUGUGAGUACGGGCCAUAUCAGCAAAAUAAAAUGCCACAUAAGAGCCUCGGUAAAAUCAAUUUUAGCUCUUCCUUCCAAGAAGGGCCUAGACGGAAAAAGAGAUUUAAUGUUUUUAGUAUAUUUAAGUUUUGUGUCUAUAAUCAAGCCGAGAUUCUUUGAACAGUGUUUAAAGAAAAUUUUAGAAUUGCCAAUGCUAAGUUUAAGUUAUUUCAGUUUUUUUACUGGUUUCUGCAAUAUCAUCUGCUUUAAAGGAGUAUAAUUUUUUUUUCGUCAGGAUAUAAAUGAUAGUCACAAUACUGAAGGAAGGCAGUUCUACUGUUAAAUUACUUACGAUUUACGGCAGAUCUACCAGAGAUAAAGCAAUAUUCGUUU